ACAAGUCACGGCUCUGCUAAAGAAAUAAAAAAAGGAAAAAAUUAGUUGGCCAAGACACAGGGAUAAUGGGAUUCUCAAUGAGCCUUUGACUCCAUCACUCCACUCAAAAGAAAAAUAAAAAGCUCAACUCCUCUUCCACCACUACCACCACCACCACCACCACCACCACCACCACCACCACUCCGUGCAGCCAUCUCCGACGACAUCAAGCUACAAAAAUGCCCACCUUAAGUCCAACAAAAGACCACUCCCUCACCAAGAAAUUUCUUCCAUGGACUUUUUAUACAAUUAUAGCUUGUGUUUUGCUUCGUCUAUAUUAUCACCCACUCCUCAUCUCCUCUUCACCACCUUCCUUAUCUCUGUCACCUUCUACUUCAGAACUGGAAAAAGCUUCUGAAUAUCCAUGUGACUACAGUAAUGGCAACUGGGUGCAUGAAGACAGAGGACCUUUGUAUAACACCACAGCCUGUGGAACCACCAUUAAACAAGCUCAGAACUGUAUUGCUCAUGGCAGACCUGAUACGGGCUAUCUUUACUGGAGAUGGAGACCAAGAACAUGUAAUCUCCCAAGGUUCGAACCUAACCAGUUUCUUAAUCUGUUUCGUAAUAAGCACUUAGCUUUUAUUGGUGAUUCCAUGGCUAGGAACCAAUUAGAGUCACUGCUCUGCAUGUUGUCAACUGUUUCUGAUCUUAAUCUUGUUUAUACUAAUGGUGAAGAUAAUAAGUUUAGGAGAUGGUAUUUUGAUUCUCAUAAUGUGACUGUUUCUGUGUAUUGGUCACCUUUUCUUGUUCAAGGUGUGGAGAAGUCUAGUUCUGGUCCGAAUCAUAAUAAGUUGUAUUUAGACCAAGUUGAUGAGAGAUGGGGAGGUGAUUUAGAAGGGUUUGAUUUGAUUGUUUUAUCGGUUGGUCAUUGGUUUUUGCAUCCAGCGGUUUAUUAUGAGGGUGGUUCUGUUUUGGGUUGUCAUUACUGUCCUGGUUUGAAUCACACUGAGGUUGAGUUUUAUGAUAUAUUAAGGAAGGCUUUAAAGACUACACUUAAGACUAUAACAGAAAGGAGAGGGGGUAAGGGCAUUGAUGUAAUUGUUACUACUUUUUCGCCUUCACAUUUCGAAGGUGAUUGGGAUAAAUUCGGUGCUUGUCCGAAAACUAAGCCGUAUAAUGAGGAAGAGAGAUUGCUCGAAGGAAUGGAUGCGGAAAUGAGGAAAAUUGAACUUGAAGAAGUUGAGGUUGCAAAGAUGAAUGCUUUGCAAUUUGAUAAGGUGAGAUUUGAGGCAUUAGAUGUGACCAAGUUGUCGUUGCUGCGGCCCGACGGUCACCCCGGACCUUAUAUGUAUCCGUUUCCGUUUGCGAACGGUAUCGGUGAGCGUGUGCAGAAUGAUUGUGUGCAUUGGUGUUUGCCGGGGCCUAUAGAUACUUGGAAUGAGAUAUUAGUAGAGGUGAUUAAGAAAUGGCAAUAUGAAUCAAUAGGAGAGGAAUGAGUCACGACAGCAACAUAUAUCUUUGUCUUGAAAUGAUGCCUUUGGAUGGUGUUAAUUACGCCACUUGCUAUACUUUAAACAAAUGGCUCAUAUUAAUCUUGAUUCAUCGGAAAUUCUUUUUUUAACAGAGACAAACGGAAACAAGACGCAUAAGGGAGGUUAGGUGGUGCCAAAUGCCAGUGAUAAUGAUCUUUUUGGAACAUAAUUUUUGGUUUUUGUUCAAAGUAUAAAUCAAGAUUGCUGCAAGGGAAAUUACCGAUUUUUA